UCAGCUGUUUCUUUUAACCCUGCCUAUCAGGGGAACGUCAGUGCUAUUCAAUAUAUAUAAAAAUAGAAGUUUAUCAACACGAUCAGUUGAGUAAAACAGCUCUUGGAGAACUAUACAUAUAUUUUAGCAUACAGCAUCAUACAGAGAUUUUGGAGAAAACAUCAAAAUGAGUUGUCAAUAUGGAGAUCUUAGGAGGGUUGACACUACUGGUGCCUCGUUUGAAACAGCAAGAGCUGAUGGGAAACAGGCUGGCGGAGUGGCUGCAUCUCACUCUAUGGCAGCAGAUGACCUGAAUGCUAUGAACAGGUACAAGUCUCUUAUAAUCAGUGUGGGGCAAGCCAAGGGAGUGGACCCAGCUGUUAUUGCUGGCAUCAUUUCACGAGAGUCCAGGGCUGGGAAAGGACUGGACAGUAAUGGCUGGGGAGACCACGGAAAUGCCUUUGGGCUCAUGCAGAUUGACAAACGCUGGCAUACACCACAGGGCGGACCAUUCAGUGAAACCCACAUCAGUCAAGCAACUCAGAUUCUUGUUGACAUAAUCAAUUUCGAGGUAAAGAAGAAAUUCUCUUCAUGGACAAAGGAGGAGCAGCUGAAAGCUGGAUUAGCAGGCUACAAUAUGGGGCUGAGUAGAGUCCACUCAUAUGAACGAGUGGAUGAGAGCACCACUGGGAAGGACUACUCCAAUGAUGUUAUUGCCAGAGCUCAAUGGUACAAGAGCAAUGGCUUUUAAGCAUAUAAGCGAGAUAUAGAAAUGUGUUUAAUGGACAUUUUCAUUACCGUAAUUCCCCGUUUAUUAGCUGCACCAUUCAUUUUAUAGCUUUGUGUGUAUACAAACCCGAGUAUUAACCGCACCCAUAAACCACAUUUGCCCAGAGAAAUAUGACCUGUAAAUACAUUCAGGGGCGUUGUUUCAGCAAAAGCCAAGGUAUGGCAAUGUGACCUGAUGUCAAUGACCUUCUAUGCAAUUGAAAACUGUUUUAAAAGACAUUUAGCUCUCUGUCACAUUCACAAUGCAUGUCAUGCGUAACUUAGAGAGAGACGUGAAAACGCCUUUCAUCGUAUCUGUUUUGUGCGUAUUUCAGCAUCAUGGACAAAGAGCGGAGGUCUAAUUAUCAUUAGUCAUUUGUUUAAACUUCACAGAAAAUAAAGAAAUGCAUUGAUAAUGAAUGCUAAUUUCUAGUACGUAAUCUCAUGGGGUGUUCAAAACAGCAAAAACAAAAAUACAUUUGGCACAAAAUAGACACAUUUGUUGUAGUUCAAAAGUAAUAAGGCCCGACCACGCAGACUGAUAUCAGUUUUCAAUUACAUGUUUGAAUUAAUUUGUUACAGGAAAAAACAACUACAUGAUCAUCAUUUGUUCAGGCUGUUGGGCUCUUAUCUAAACCAGCUGGGCAAAAUUCUUCCGUAACCAAUUACACACUGUUGAAAAUCAUGGAGGAAAGAUCAAUCUCACUCACUGACACUCAUUUUCACUGACGGGUAUGUUAUGAAUCAGUGGACUAUUUUCUUCUCAUAGAUGAAUAGGCCUGAAUGAGUGCAUAUUGUGCAUACAGGCGAAUGUAAUAGUAUAUACAUAAAAUGACCAUACAGUGCAAAACUUUCAUUUUCAGUAAAUGCUCCCUGAAGUCCAAGUAGCAUCUCAUAAAGGUCUAUCCUUUCUAAGCAGCACUGCACUCGCGGUCACACACUUCACAGGUCCAAAAGCAUUCGUUCCAUCUCUUGUUUAUCGCAAACUAGUAACCUCAGAUUUUUCUUCCCGCCUUGAAUUAUGUGGACAAGUUUAGCUACGUAGCGUAGUCACAAACACGUACAUGCAAACACUCCAAACGUUCAAUAUUUAUAGGCUACGUACAUUAUAUCAUCAUAUUGCAUGCACAUGUGAGGAAACGAUGAGCAUGAGAAAACGAUGAGCCCAUACAUUUUUGUAAUAAAUUUUAAAGGUAAUGCAAGUUAAAUUUGUUUCUUUUUAUUUUAUAAAACAAAAACAGCUGCCAUACCUUGCCAUACCCAUUUGAUGCCUAUGCAUAGGCUACAUUGUACAUUAAUAUUAAACAUCUGUCAUAGGGCACUAUCAAAAUGUAUUUGUUGAAGAAUAAAAUAUGUGUUUAAAAACCCUGUAACGCCAAUUGUAUCAUAUUAGCUACGAGUUUGAAAUUGUAAACUGUUUCAGAUGCCUCCUGAACG